CUGUGGGCUCGCACCUCCAUGGCGGAGCAAUAACUCCGUUGAGCAAACGAGGUGUGGGAGGUACAAUUGGUUCCCAGCUGCCGAUCUCGUCAGCUCUAGCCACACAGCCCCUCAUUGAGCGAGUCGCCAAUAUCUAAACCACUCCAGCGAUCAUGAUGUGAAGGAUGGCCGUGGGUAAGGUGCCAAAGACAUAAAUACCGUCGGCUCUCCCAGUCCACUAGCAGGUGUUAUGCUCCAGAUCCAGUGAAGUACAAAACUCCGGCUCGCUUCAAGCACUGAGCAUUUAUCCUCUCUUCAUAUCAGUCUCCUCACCGUGCUCCAUAACACAGCCAAAAUGCUUGUAUACACUGGCAAGAUCAACUACGAGAGUUAUUGCCAAGAUGAGAUCAUUACUGUGAUCUUUGAUGAGGACACCGAGAGCAUAGACGGGCCGGUAGUCGCAACCUGGCAGUGGACUCAGGAUGCCUACGGAAAAAAGAAGGCAAACUCGAUCCACGUCGGGACUCUGAAUGGGUUGAGAAAGCUGAACACCGGAGAGAAGGAGAUUGAGUUCCUUCAGAAUCAGGCACAGGAGUCUUACUAUUGGUUCAAAGGACGUGUGGUAGAGUCAACUUUAACGUUGGACAUGUACAACGAAAGAAAUGAGUUCUGUGUCGGCAACAUCACUCUCGAAUGUACAGAUCCAGGCUUUUCUUAAAGCUCCCCGGGGCCUUAGCAUCGUUCUCUCUUGGUGCUGGCUUUCCCUAUUCCAGUUCAAGUGAGAGGUUCAGUAGCAGGCGCAUUUUCUCG